UAGGGUGAACAUUGAGAUGGUAUGUAUCCAUCCAUGCUUUUGGACGUCAAUGGACGAGAUUAAAAAUGUUGAACAAAUGAGAAUGAUUUAUACGAGAGCAAGGAAUAAGCAUGAGAUAGAAGUUCAAGCUCAAAAAGUACCAACUUCUGUAACUCAAAAUUGGAUGAGUCAACUCCCUCCCAACUCGUUCCUUGCUGAUGUUCUUAAUUACAAACCUGAUGAGAGCAAAGAGAAUGGAGUAUUGUAUUAUAAACAAGUGAAAGCCGCUGCUCUAGGAAUGCUCCUCUUCAUGAGAAAUGUGUACAAUCAUGCUAAUACAAAAAAUCUGGGACGAGGAGUGCAGUUGAAUCUCAACGAAUUACAAGAAACAUUGUAUUGCAUUUACCCGGAGUUCAUGAGUAAUUUUGUGGAACAAAUUUUUGAUAUAACAGAAAUGCGAGAGGCUCUUAAGGCGUCAACGACAGAUGAGUAAAGCAUACCAAUUAUCUAUAAGUGUGAUUCUAUAAGAUUUUGUUUGAUUAUAACUAUUUUUGUAUGAACUACAAUACAUAUUCAUAUUCUGUGUGCCAUGAUUGUAAGGACGAUUUAGAUACAAAUAGUUAUUGCAUUAUAACUAUUCA